UAAAUGACCAUAUAAUAAAUACGAGGAAAGUAAGCAUCUCCGAUGCUGGAGGAGGAGAAAAAAAUCCCAACAAGAGAGCCAACAAGUCAUAUUUGUGUAACACAAGGUCGUCUCAGACAUGACUGUGUUGUUGUACGUCGAUGCCCUUGUGCGCUCAGCCAGUGCGCAGCGGUCAGAUUCAUGCGGUGAUAUGUUUUCAUUGCGCCCGCUCUGACGUGAAGAGCGACAAAGCCCCGAGGGUCGGACAUGUAACUUCAGUUUCGUGGGAGAAAGCAUUUCUCUGCGCCACAGAAAACAGACGAUAAGUGGAACUGGAAGUGCUCUUUUUCUGUUUGUGUUCUUCACUAUCACCGACUCGGAAAAACUACGGCAGUUCUGAAGCCACAGGCACGCUGGUGGACACAUAAGGAUUUUCUGAUGAAAGUCAAGGUUGUCCGGCUUAAAGUCGAGGUUAUCCAGCGAGGAAGAUUUAUUGCUUCUCACUGGAGUGCGGAGAGAUUUUCUUAGUUCACGUAAACAAGCAACUUAUGUUUGAACGAUGUUCAAUUAUGCGUUUGUACGAUGCAGGAAUAACCGGUGAUGAUUUGCACGACAAAACCGACUUACUUGGCGUCUGAAGUUUAGUCGUUUGUAACCUAACAUCUCUUAGAUAAAAGUUUGAAAAGAUAAUCUAACGUCUGUAAAUUCAAAUCCUAUCCACAUUUGGAGAACGCUGACAUAAACGCGCGCUAUCUUUUCGUCCCAAAUUGGAGGAAUGCUUCGACGCUCUUGUUGGAAGGAUAUGCUCAGUUUCAUCAAAUAAACGCCAGUUGCUGUUUAUUUACUAACUUACUUGUCGAAAGUCCCAAUAGGAGAUAUCCAAGUUCUGGAAUUGUAAGGUUUGAAGUGAUUCUGACGUUUUCUUCAACCCGCAUCUGACUGUUGGAAAUGAACCUGAGGUGUGAAAAGGACGUUCGUUAAAUAAGCGUUGGAUUUGUCCGCGAACAUUUACGGAAUCCUGGAUACCUCAACGGGGAUUCGAAUGGGAUCUAUCAUGAUUCUCCUGAAUAUUCUGAGCGUCCUGUUUUUAUCUGAUGAGGUGGCACUUUCCAUGGCAAGCCAUUCAACCUUGUCAGGGUUGGGAACUCAUGGAUGGAGGGCCCCUAUGGACUGCCUGAGGGCCAGUGAGGUGUGCAACCAAAACUCGCAGUGCAGCUCACGUUUUCGCAUCAUGCGCCAGUGCCUGGUAGGUCGUGACAGGACUACCAUGCUGGCCAACAGGGAGUGUCAAGCUGCCCUCGAGGUUCUGCAGGACAGUCCACUGUAUGACUGCCGGUGCAAGAGGGGCAUGAAGAGGGAGCUUCAGUGUCUGCAGAGCUACUGGAGUAUUCAUAUGGGUCUCAAUGAAGGUAAGGCUGAGUUUCUUUUCUGCUCUAUUCCAUUUAGAGACAGUUAUGCACAUUUGGAUCUUGUGGAAAGUGUUAAAAUAUGAAGGUGCUUGUUUAAG